AUGGAGGGCAACACAGAGAGCAGUUCUUUCUCCAAAGUACCAAGGGAGGAACUGCUCUCCAGACUGAAGACCUACAACUUGUACCACUCUGAGAAAGGCAGCACUGUGCAACUCAGGUCCACACAGGUUAACAGUCAGGAUGGAGACAACUUGGCAGUAGAAGGGAUGUUGAAGAUCUAUUGGGAUGUGAAGAGACCUAUCAGACUAAAGAAAGAUGACGAGUCUUUUCCACAAAAAUCUCCUCCUCCCAGAGUUCAACCAGGCUUGGAUAACUUGGAGAAAAGGGUUAAUGCGCCUGGUCUCUCCAGGAGUGGUCCCCUGCGCAGCAGAUCAUACAAAGCAGCUCAAAAAUCUUGGGAUCCUGGAGACACGCCAGCCAACGCAGCCUCGCUGGACUCAGGCUUCCUGUUUGGCAGUAGUUCCCGACCACGCCUAACCAGUGACUCCAGUGAGCCCGCACGCACACAGCCACACACAAAAGUCCUGGGGAGACCCAAAAGUGACCUCUGGGACAUCAAGCAGAACUGCUUGAGGAGGAGAUAUUCCAUCAACGGCCACAUCUACAACAGCAGGACUGCAGUGUUUACCCCUGCCCAUGGUAGCAUGACCAACGUCAGACUCAACAGUAGGAUGACAACACCACAAGUUGUUGAACUGCUCCUCAGCAAGUUCAGAGUUGAGAAUGAUUCAGAGGACUUUGCUCUGUAUGCUGUCCAUGCAACUGGAGAGUUCCGAAGACUGAAGGACACAGACACCCCCCUUAUUGAAAGAGUACUCCUGGGACCAAGUGAGGAUGUAGCCAAGAUAUUUAUCAUGGAGAAAUCUGCCGAGGAGGACAUUCCUUUAGAGGUUGGGCAGUACAUGAAGUUCCCUAUUCCUGUUCUGGAAAGUAUCCUGACAAAGUUUACUGAACAGGAGGAAAAAGAAAUAGAGGACAUCAGACAAAGAUAUGAGGCAGAGAAGAAGCGGCUGAGAAGAUACAUGACUGUCAUGAGUACAGCUGUCUAGCCCAACCCUCAGCAGUAGAAAGCAGUAAGCUGUGUACAAGUGUCUGUCUCACAGCACCACUAACUCUUAUGGCAACAAACUUUAGUUUGGUUAUCACAAUAUCUUAUUCCAUCAGAACCUUUAGCAUGCUACUGGCCACAUUUGUUGCCCAUACUGUGGAG